AUGCGCGACCCAUUCCCUUUCCCAGCGCCGCAGUGGCUCGCCGAGGCGACACGUCCACUGGCGGACAAGCUGUCGCUACCCACGCUGCCUAUGCACAUCCACGAGGUCCUACUCGCCGUUGUCCUCUACCAGACCAUCAACGCCGUCAUCGCGCCUGCCCUGUCCCGCCGCUUCUUCCCUCAGGUCUACAGCUCAUUCAACCGACGCACCCGCAUCAACUGGGAUGUGCACAUCGUCUCGAUGGUCCAGAGCUUGCUCGUCAACACGACUGCUCUUUGGAUCAUGUUCUACGACAAGGAGCGCAGCAACAUGAACUGGGCCGGCAAGAUCUGGGGCUAUGAUGGUGCUCUGGGCUUUCUCCAGAGUCUGGCUGGUGGCUACUUUAUUUGGGAUCUCUUCAUCUGUACAUACCACAUCGCUAUCUUCGGUCCCGGCAUGCUUGCACACGCCAUCUCAGCUUGCACCGUCUUCUUCUUUGGUUUCCGUCCCUUCCUCAACUACUAUGGCCCCGUCUUCAUCCUCUACGAACUCUCGUCUCCCGCCCUCAACAUGCACUGGUUCAUGGACAAGCUGAACAUGACAGGCAGCAUCUAUCAGUUAAUCAACGGAAUCAUUCUUAUCACAACUUUCUUCUUCUGUCGCCUUAUCUGGGGCUCCAUCAACUCAGUCCUUGUCUUCAAAGAUGUCUAUACUGCCAUGCAGAACGGUGGUGUUGUUGGCCUUGAUGAAAACCUCGGCCUCAAGUACGGUCUCGACCAGUCCAUGUCCGCUGUUACUCCUCAGAGCCAGCCCUACACUGGCUCAGAAGACAUCAUGCGCUUUGCCGGCUCUCGUACCAUCCCUGCUUGGCUCGCUCUCAGUUAUCUGGCUUCCAACGUUGUGCUUAACGUGCUCAACUUUUACUGGUUUGCCAAAAUGAUCGAGGCUCUUCGCAAGCGUUUCGACCCACCUUUUGGCACAAAGCGCCCAGAGAAGAAAGAGAAGGCUGCCGAGGAAAAGACACAAGAGCCCGAGAUUGAAAUCCAACGUGGUCUGUACGCCGAUGGCAGAAAGACGAUUGAGAUUACUGGUACUCAGAGUACCCCUCCGUCGGUCAGAUCCAGACGUAGAGGUUAG